AAAAGUAGUGGAACGAAUAGUACUGUGUGCAACUCCCGGCGGGAAAAAUAUGAAUAAACAACAACAAAAAAAACAAAUAACGACGAGAGAGGAAUAAAGAAAAUCCACGUUAAAAAUUUAUAAGGAAAAUGUAGCCAAGUAUAGUUGAUCCACAAAGACACCUGUUUUCUUUAGUAGUAAGGAUGAAAAAAAAAUGAAAAGAUAAAUAAUCAUUUUAAAUCAUCUGCAUGUGGAAAAAAAAAAGAAACGCAAAGAAUAUAUAUAUGUACUGAUUUAGUCAUUUAAUUUUUAUGAUAUGUCAGAGAUGUGUGAAAAUAAUAAUACUGAUAAAAUAGAUGAAAUAACUGCAAAAAUAACAGAAAGAAACGAGCAAAGCAUAGUUCCAUUGUUAGAAGAUGUAGCAGACUGGUUAACUAAGUACAUGAGUAAGAAGAUUACUCCAGACGAUUUUCUAGAUGUAUUAGAUAACGGGAUACUUUUAUUCAAAUUGGCUGAGAAAAUACAAAAACACUCUGAAGAAUAUGUGUCUGGUAAAAUAAAGUUGUUGUCGCGUGGUGUGAAGACGAAGUUGAAAGCGUUGCCUGGCCUUGAGUAUCAGUGUCACCACAGUGCAAAGAAGGAAUCUUUUUUCGCUAGAGAAAAUGCAGCUAACUUUCUUAAAUGGUGCAGAAGUAUUGGCAUACAAGAUUCAACAUUGUUUGAAUCUGAAGGACUGGUACUGCAUAAGCAGUUAAAAAAUGUAGUGUUGACUUUGUUAGAGUUAGCAAGAAUUGGAUAUGCGUAUGAAAUUGACCCUAUUCCAUCUCUUAUAAAGUUAGAAAAAGAAAUCGAACAGGAGGAGGUGGAUGGACGAAAAAACGUGACGAUGCGUAAGAAGAAAGAAAAUAAUGUCGUAGAUUUAGAUUCUAAGGUUCAAGCAUCUGCGAAAAAACAGAAUGUGCUUCUUGAGAAGGUUAAAGAUGGCAAGUAUAUUGUCAAUGGCAAAGCAACUGUUUUUGUCAGAAUUUUGCGCAAUCAUGUCAUGGUGCGUGUUGGAGGAGGCUGGGACGAGUUAGAACAUUUCUUAAGUCGGCACAAUCCUCAAAAAAUCGGUAAAAUCUUAACAUCUACACCAGCCACAUAUAGAGGAAAUUAACUUCAGCACGAAUAUAUUCCACAGCCCGCCGGAGAUGUGUCGGCGUAUAUCGCGGCACGUAUAUGAUUUUUUCUUUGUAAAAGUUCAUUACAGUCAAACUUCGGUUCGACGGACUGACGGUUUGACUUAAUAA